AAUUAAUUAGCCACCGUCUUAAUAAACCCGGGCGAAUGUUUAAAUUCCCACAACUAUUACGAAAGUUAGGAACAGUAAUCAUCUCGAGACCCAAAGCAAAUCCGCAAUUAAAAUGAUACUCUUACGCUGUUUGAAUUGAUUUACUCGUAAACCGUGCCCAGUACUUGAAAUUGAAAUUCUGAGGGGGGAGUUCGGGUCAGGGUUCCAGGUGAAUGUCCGGCUCGAUAUUAACACCCUCACCGGUGGUGGCGGGUGGCGGCGGAGAUAACACCGUAACGGCUUCCCAGGUGAAUGCAUUUCGAAUUGCGGCAGUCAUGGACCGGUUGGCUUUGAACAUGCAGCAGAUGAAUCAGCAGGCGAGUCAAAGCAAAGUUGACUCCACCGAGUCUAUCCAACUCUGUCUCUCGCUCGCUCGGGGAAUUGAUUUUGCCAUUGCAAACCAUGAGAUUCCAAGCAGAGUCCCUGAUUUGCCUAUAUUGUUGAAGCAGGUGUGCCAGUGCGGAAAUGAUGCAAUGCUCCAAGCAGCUGUCAUGGUUCUCAUGAUUUCAGUUAAGAAUGCCUGUCAGAAUGGAUGGUUUUCAGAUAAAGAUUCUAAAGAUCUUAAUAAUCUAGCACAUGAGAUUGCUAGCAACUUCUGCUCCAGCUUGGAUUGCAAUGCUGACCCAAGCAGUUACAAUGCGGUUAUUGCGGAUAUUAUGUCCAGAUUUUAUCCAAGGUUGAAAAUGGGGCAAAUUCUUACUUUCCUCGAAGUCAAGCCCGGAUAUGGUGCUUAUGUCAAAGACUUCCAAAUUUCGAAGCACAUGAAACUGUCUCCUGGAGAGAAAAUUAGAUUAUUUGUUGCACAAACAGAUAGCACAGAGACGCCAUCAUGUCUCAUAAACCCUCCAAAAGUCAAUUUUCUGUUGAAUGGCAAAGGAGUUGAAAGGAGGAAUAGCGUAUAUAUGGAAACGGGACCUCAGAUGCCAACAAUAGUGACACAUAUCCUGAAAUAUGGAUCAAACCUUGUUCAAGCCGUGGGCCAGUUCAAUGGGAACUAUAUUAUACUUGUUGCUUCUAUGAAGGAUUUGUCUGCAAUUGAGAAUCCAACAUUGCAAGACUAUGUGCAACCUGCUUCUGAUAUUGUAGAGCCAGAUUCCGAGUUGAUUGUUGGGGCAUCUCGAAUAUCUCUCAAUUGUCCAAUAAGCUUCACACGAAUCAGAACUCCUGUUAAAGGACAGUCCUGCAAGCAUUUUGAGUGCUUUGAUUUGAACAACUACAUGGACAUAAACUCAAAAAGGCCAUCGUGGCGAUGUCCGCAUUGCAACAAUUAUUGCUGCUUCCCUGACAUCCGUAUAGACCAAAAUAUGGUCAAGGUUUUGAAAGAGGUUGGCGAGAAUGUCAAUGACGUCAUUAUCUCCACCGAUGGGUCAUGGAAGGCUAUCAUGGAAAGUGAUGAUCACCCUGAAGCACAACCAAAAAAACUCCCGAGGAGGGAUCAGGAUGAGCCAAACUCUGCUAUAUUCUCAAAUGCUUCCGUAGACAUUAUGGAUCUCACUGAGAAUGAUGUAGAUGUUACUAAUGGUGUGUUUGAACCGGAAGAUGUCAAAGUGUCGCGAAAUAGCUCGGCAAGUCAAACUAGUAUUCAAAACAUGGCAAACACUCCAAAUUUGAACAGGACAAAUGAGGUUCAACAGAGUAUUUUGCCGCCGAUUGUUGAGAGCUCUUCUUGGUCAGGCAUCUACUGGUCCACUUUUCAACCAGGGACAAGUAGUGCUAUAACAGAGCCUUUGCGUGAACAUUCUGUGAACAGAAUACCGAUCGCUGUCCAGGCUCUUCCAGCAGCACAGUCCCUGACUAAUAUUUCUCCUAGGCUGGGAAAUAGUAGCACCAAUGCAUUCCCUUUGGCAGCUUCUCAGCCUUCUUCUUUAUCACAAGAUAGCCUUAGUGCUCAUCUGAGUAGCAUUGAAAGGCAACUGCAAUCUGGAUCGGAUCCAAAUGUCCUCCCAGUCCCCAUGAUGUCAACCCAACAGCAGCACUUGACUUCUCGGGUCUCUGGCAGUCAGGCUAUUACACAAACUCCGGGAACAUAUCAAAUGAACCUUGGACGUCCAAGUGGAGUUCUGAAUCCUAACCUUAUCAGGCUGCCACAUCCUGUGAAUCAAUCAGCUGGCAGGUCCCAGCAACCUGCACAGGCAUCUGGAACGUUCUUCCAUUCGCGAAAUAACCAGGGAGGUUUACCAGGUGUUCCUACUCGUGCUGUGGGUAGUUUCAAUCAGCAACAUCAUCGGCCACUAGCUGAUCAGCCAGCUAACAGUGUCUCGAGAGCAUUCCAAAAUUCUAGACCACCACCUUUGUCCGUGAAUGCAGCAGGAAAUACACCACAAUCAGUUCCAAGACCAGAAGUUGGGGUGAAUCAGUCACCCAAUCAGGAUUGGCGUCCCACAGGUCGGAUGCGAGGAAGCUUAUCAGGGCAAGCCUAUUCUGCUGCUUUAAACCAGUUCAUUACUCGACCAAUGCAACAAGCUCAAGCCAUCAGGCCACCACCAACUCUAAACUCCAGUGUUGCACGAACACCAACAAAUGUAAUGACAAGUGGACCUAAUUCUGCUGCACUGUUGGAUAUAUUAAUGGCAAAUAGGGCCGCUAUGCAAGCAGCAUCAAGUAAUCCUACAACUGGAGUUGCUGCCAUGACGAGCACUGCUGGCUCUCUUCCAUCGCCCCCUACGACAGGGACGCGGUGAGCUUACUGGCUAUAUAAAUUUCUACGGUAACAUGUACAGGUUUCACUAACGUAUAUUUGUCACGACUCAUGGGGAGCUCUUGCGGAUAUUUCAUUCCCUUUGUCCAUGCAGGGUUUUGGUGGGGGAAACCUCCCACUAUGUUUCUCCAUAUUAGGGUUUAAUACCUGGAUUUUGGCUACUUCAUCUACCAGACCUUUUUUAGUCUCUUAGACUGACAGAUGCCUAGGAACAGAAGUAUGGCUGUAGUUAAUUGAUGACAAUCGGAUACUGACAGUUAACUUAUGCCUAAUAUAAUUGAUGACGUUUUCUCCUGCAUUGGAUAUUUUGGAUUUUUUUCCAGUAUUACUUAACAUUCUUGACAGUGUAAUGGUAAAGGCAA